UAGCGGCAGCGCCGGAGGCUCGGGCGGUCCGCACUACGGCAGCAGCGUCGAAGGCAAUACCAACACGGCGGUCUCCACGAACAUGCCGAGCUUCGAGAGCGGAGUCUACAUCCUGCGCACUCAGCAGACCGACGCGGAGCUGGGGCUCUCGACCUGCGACCAAAAGGUGACUUGACCUCGAUCUGCCCUCAUUCAAGCCAUUCAAGGGGGCCGGCAUACACACAGCGCUCGUUCAUGGAUCAUGUUUGAGCUCUGGACUGUCGUCCUAUCGUCCUGUGUUUGAUGAACCGCGGAGAAUCUUGAAUGCUUCAUGGCUUUAUUGGGGACCCGGUUGCCAAGUCCAAGUUAGAGAGCUAGCCCAUGCACCGGUUUUCUUCAUCGCCAUAGAUAACUAGAGCAGUGAAUCGAUUUCAAAUUAUCACAAAUAGAAAAAUACGGGGUAUUUGUCUAGGCAGCAGAGAUCCAAAGGCCUUAGUACGACCUGGCCACAUAUGACGCACAGUCCGACUUGCGACGGAUGCAUUCCCGGGUCCAAGUAAUCAGAGAAAGUACUCCAAUGUUUGGAACAGCGCAAAUCACCAGGCCACCCAAGCAAGAGCGAGCAGCACGAGACAAGCCUUCAUCCAAAAGCAUUGAGACCUCGAGGUGCGCGAACCGUCUCCACUCCCCGCCGUUGCCGACGGAGUCUCAUCCACGUACCCGAUCCAGACCGAGCCCAGGGAAGCCUCCACGGUGAUCCGGUCCCCCUCGCCGUCCUGUACAACUCUGCUCGCGGUGUCCCCAACAAGCCAGUGCGUCGUGCGCCCAGCCUCGUGCAGCGGAGCGCCGCACGUUGCUUGUAUGCGGGGUGACAGCGUGACGCGGUGGCGGCCCAAGAUGGGCGCCCGGACGACGAGCUGGCCCUGUACCGGGUGCGAUAGGAAGAUGCGGAUGUUCCCCAUGACGGACGCUGCAGUGAGCGAUAUGGGCCCGCCAGCGCCAGAAUGCUGCAUAGGCGCGUCAGUAGACUGUAUGUGCUUCUGCACCACUGCGAGCGAGGUGUUCGAGAGGGACCGCCACGCACCACGUGCAGCUCAAUAUCGCCCGUGCGCGUCUUCGCUUCGAUGUGCACCAGUCGCGCGAGGCGCCUCUUCUCAAGCCGUCGCUCGCGUGCCCGGGCCACUGCGCGCGCCAUGAACGGACUAUGGGGUUUGCCGUCCGCGUCUACGUCGAGGGACGUACCCGCGCCGUCCCCGUCCGUACCACCUAGAGCGAUCUCGUCGGCUGGAGGAGGCAGACGCGGCCGCACAUCGAUGUCCGCGGAUAUCUGGCCCCAGACAUUCACAGAGAGGUUCGGGUCGAGCUCCGGCUCGUCCCAGAGGUAUGCCCGAUACGAAGGCCCAAACGGCACACGCAGCGAGCGGGGGAUGUCGAGGUUGGGGUCGAUGAUAAAGCGGGCAUUCCGAACGCAGCCGAACGUAUGCUCGAUGGAGACGCGGUUCUGUGCCCGAGUGAGGACGCGGUCCUCAUUGUCGAAAGGAAGCUGUCAAAGAGUCAAUGUUGUGAUCACGUCAGUGCUGUUAGUAAGCCCGUUCUUGCCUUGUCCUCGCUCAAGAAAUCGAUCACUGUCUUGCAGUCGGAACCCAUGUGGUAUGGUGACUCUAAGUGGCUGAGGGUAUAAGUACACCGGACGCCCGGUCAGGCACACAACGCAACGGCAUUCGACAUA